AUGGACGCCUCGCUGGCGUCGAUCCGCACGGCACUCGAGCAGCUCCAUGCGCAGAACGUAGCGACCAUAUCGCAUGCUAAGCGGCCGGCCUACUUCACGAAUGCCGUGCUGAAUCCGCAGCGCCUGGAUAUUCUCGAGCUCAUCCGCGAUGCCGACGCGUUCGAGGCGUCGCUCUACGUCUCUGCGCCUCCCGAGCCUACCCCUGGCCCUUCGACGGCGCCCGCCGAGCCCAAGCCACAUUUUCGCGCCGUGCCCGUCCCGACGCCUCUCAAGCAAUCGCACCAAGCGGAUAGCGAUGCGCGCACCUACCUCCUCGCCGCUGAAAAGCUCCUCCAAAACUACCACAACGCCCCACGCGCUCGCAAGCAUAUCCGCAUGCUUUUGAAGCGCGAUGCUGAAUUGCAGCGACAUAUCUCGCGCUACCACGCUACGAUUGACCAGGCGGGCAAGGCGCAGCAGUUUGCACGCACGCCGCCACCCCCACCAACACGUGCGAAACGCAGCGAAGCUCUGCAGGCCGAGAUCCAGCGAGAAAAGAUGGAGAUCCUCGCGUUGGAGUCCAUGCUGAGCGAAAAAGAGACGGCACCGCCCACCACGCCCGCCGCACGCUCACCUCGUCCUGCGCCCACGCCACAACGCACGCCUCGUCGGGCUUCGCCCGCCAAGUCGCCCGCCUUGUCCAAGAGUGUCGCCGCGCCACCGACGCCCCGCACGCCAAAAAACGCACGCCCACUCGCUCAGUCUGUCAGCUCGCCACGCACACCCACCACGCGUGUGUCUCCGCCGAAAACGCAGCCCACAGCGAGCCCGUCUCUCGUUCCACUCGGCGUCGUUCCGACCGCCACGCCCGAGUUGGAGCGCAUCACCACGCGUAUCUGGGAUUUAUUUGGCGAGCAUGUGCGGUACGCCGCACCAGGAUGCAAGGCCGCUUCGUUUCCCGACACGUUUGCCAUCCUGCGUGCCUUGGAGCAGGGCGGACCCCAAGCGAUGGAGGUGGAUGUCCAUGGCGACGCCCCCAAUCCGUCGGUGCCACCCAGUGUGGGUAUCAUGAUGAUGGCACAUGUGCUGCUUCUGCUCAUGCGCACUCCGCCACCCUACACACUAUCGCUUCCGCUCAUUAAAAGCUAUAGCGACAAGUGGUGGAAGCAAGAAGGCCAGGCCACCAUUCGCGCAGGAAUCCAAGACAUGUCGACGCGCAAUCAGCUCAUCCAGCAGUUGGGUAUCGAUGCUGCCGAUCUCGAUCAGACAGGCGAUGCAUUAGCGACGCGCGCCGUCUAUGGCCUUGUGGCCAAGAAGCUCUUGCGGAUCCAACGCACGGGUGGCGCGGCCAACGUGCGUUUCGCUUAG